AUGGUGGAGAACUACGACGUUGUUAUUGUUGGUGCGGGGCCCGUCGGCCUUUGUCUCGGAACCUGCCUGGCAAGAUGGGGUUACAAAGUCAAGCACAUCGACAACAGGCCAGAACCUACCGCUACUGGUCGAGCAGACGGUAUCCAGCCACGCUCGCUGGAUCUUUUGAGGAACAUGGGCCUCAAGCGCAAGAUUAUGGAGUAUGAGCCAGCAAAGGUGUACGAGGUCGCUUUCUGGGAUCCAGCACAAAAGGGUAUCCACAGAACAGGCACAUGGGCUAGUUGCCCCAAGUUCAUCGACGCACGAUACCCUUUCACCACCUUGCUACACCAAGGUAUGAUUGAGCGGACUUUUAUCGGGGACAUCGAGAAGAACGGUGGCAAGAUCCAAAGACCGUGGACGAUUACCGGGUUCAAGAAUGAUGGCAAGGACAAGACAUAUCCUGUCGAGGUCCAACUCGCACAUGUGGAUGGCACAGCUCAAGAGACCGUUCGAGCAAAGUACCUCUUCAGCGGAGAGGGCGCGAGGAGUUUUGUCAGAGAGCAACUGGGUAUCAACAUGAUCUACAAGGAUCCCAUUGCUCACGUCUGGGGAGUCAUGGAUGGCGUUGUCAGGACAAACUUCCCUGAUAUCAAGAUGAAAUGCACAAUCCACUCUGAUGCUGGAUCUAUUAUGAUUAUUCCCCGCGAGGACAACAUGGUUCGUCUGUACAUUCAAGUAGCAUCCUCAACCGACAAGGACUGGAAUCCCCGCAAGACUGCUACCGCAGAAGAGGUCCAGGCCCGCGCCAUUGAGAUUUUCAAGCCAUACACCAUCUCUUGGGAUCGUGUAGAAUGGUACUCUGUCUACCCCAUUGGUCAAGGUAUCGCUGAGCGUUACACUCUCGACGAGCGCGUAUUUAUGGGUGGUGACGCAUGCCACACUCACAGCCCCAAGGCCGGUCAGGGCAUGAACACCGCAUUCCUCGACGCCGUCAACUUUGCCUGGAAGAUCCACCACGUAGAGAGCGGCUGGGCACCACGCUCCCUUCUCUCCACCUACGAAUCAGAACGCAAGCUCAUCGCUGAAACCCUUCUCGACUUCGACGCCCGCUACGCCAAACUCUUCUCCACCCGCAUCCCCUCAGCCGGUGAAGUGGCCGGCGCCUCCGCCAAAGAAGCCCCCGAAGACAACGAAUUCAUCAAGACCUUCAAGGCAAGCUGCGAAUUCACCAGCGGCUACGGCGUAGCCUACAACCCCAACCUCGUCAACUGGGGCCCCGAGCACCCCGCACAGCACCCCCUCAUCCUCUCCUACCCCCAAGGCACCACGCAGCGCACCGGCCGCAUCCUCACCCCCGCAACCGUGACCCGCGUCGUCGACGCCAACGUUGUGCACCUGGAACAAGAAAUCCCCUUCAACGGCUCCUACCGCAUCUUCAUCUUCGGCGGCACCCUCGCCAAAUCCAGCACCGCCCUCAAAGACCUCGCCACAAACAUGUCCUCCCCCAACUCCUUCUUCAACGCCUUCCUCCACCCAGACAUCAAGGACAAGGACCGCUACCACGAGAAACACAACCCCCACUCGGACUUCUUCUCCCUCGCCCUCGUCUUCGCAGAGAAGCGCUCAAAGAUCGAAAUCGAUGAGCAGUUGCCCCAGCCGUUUGCGAGAUAUGCCGAUCAUGUCUAUGCGGAUGAUGUCUGGGAUCAGCGUGUUCCCGAUGCGAAAGCCGCCGCGCACGCUAAGAUGGGUCUGGAUCAGGAGACUGGAGGUGUCGUUGUCGUGCGACCUGAUGGCUACGUCGGUGUUGUGGUGAAGCUUGAGGAGGGCAAGGGUACGUGUGAGGCGCUGAAUGCAUGGUUUGGAGUUGUUACUGGAAAGAAGUUGGGUGGUGAACGGGCGAGUUUGUAA